AUGGACGAGGCAGGCUUCACCAAGUUUAUCAGUGGUGACACUGUGUACGCCCGCGCGCGCCGCCUCCACCGCGCGACGACGGGACGGACGACCAAGCGCUUUGUGAGCAACUGGGUGCUUGAAGAUUACCUCGCGACCAUGCGCCGGACGCCGCCGCCGGUUGUCGCGCCGUUCAUGAAAGCCACCGCCCGCGACCUCCUUGCGCGGCUCGAGAAACACCAAAUCUACUUGCCCAACGACCGCGACCUCGACGACCUCGAGACGCUGGGUCUUCCCCGCGUGUUGUCCCUGGAAGCGCUGCCACGUCAUUAUAGCGAUCAGAUCUUGGCCCGCGACGGCUCGCGCAGCCCGAGCGCGCACAAGGUGGCAGUGCGAUUGAGCAAGAAGCUGCGACAGUUGCAGUACGAGCGUGAGGCCAUGCGCCACGUCGGCCUUCCAGGCAUGCUACUGCACCGCGUCGCGACCCGGGACCGAUGCACACUGCAAGAGCUGGCGGCAAAGACCGAUACAAGAGACUACGCAGCGGAAGCCGCCGCCGCGGCCAAGCAGUUUUGCCGGCGUAUCCACAAGUCCGAGACCCACGGCGAUUGCAGCUUUGGCAAUAGUUGUCGGCUGGAUCGCCGGCGAACGCACGACUGGGGAUGUGGCAAGCGCCAUCGCAAGACCAACUGGUGCCGUGACUAUGACGACGAGGUCGCAGCAAACGCAGAUGCCUUCGGCGACAUGUGGGCUACCGACGACGACGACGAGGAAAGCAACCUUGCGACGGAAGGCAGCGACGACGAGUUCGACUUUUGUGUCGACGUGGUCGCAACACCGACGCCAAUGCCUCAGACUAUGUGUGCUAUAAGCUAA